GGGACCCCAAGAGAGGGACACUGGGACUGAAACAGAGACCUAGAGACAGAGACGUGGAGAUGGGGACUUUGCAAUAAGAAACUGAAACGGAGACAGAGACGUGGAGGCCCAGAAACGGAGCAGAGGGGCCAUGUGGAGACCCAAAGACCUGGGGACAGACAGAUGUGGACAUCCAGAGAUGCUAGCUAGCAACGCCCCAAAUGGAGCAGAAAUGGUGGUCUUGGCGGGACAGGGAGCCAAUCGGAGGGGCUAGGGCCUGCUCCGCCAUGGACUGUAGCUGCGUCUCAGACCUUCUCUUCGCCCCGCCUGCCCUGCCGGCUCUCUGGACCCCUGGGUUUGCCUUCCCGGAUUGGGCCUACAAACCGGAGUCCUCCCCUGGCUCAAGGCAGAUCCAGCUGUGGCACUUUAUCCUGGAGCUGCUGCAGAAGGAGGAGUACCAGGGCGUCAUCGCCUGGCAGGGAGACUACGGGGAGUUUGUCAUCAAGGACCCUGACGAGGUGGCACGGCUGUGGGGCAUUCGCAAGUGCAAACCCCACAUGAAUUAUGACAAGCUGAGCCGGGCCCUGCGUUACUACUACAAUAAGCGCAUUCUCCAUAAGACCAAAGGGAAGAGGUUCACCUACAAGUUUAACUUCAGCAAAGUCGUGCUCGUCAAUUACCCACUGCUGGAUGUGGCUGCCGCUGCCACUGGCUCCCCACUCUUGCUGACCCCUGGGCCCUUUGGGGGGGGCCCUGGGCCAGAUGCUCCUCCCCUCACUCCUGAGACCCUGCAGAACCUGUUCUCUACCCCACGCCUAGGAGAGCCAGGGGGCCGGACGCCCCUGUUCACCCCUGAGACAGACAAACUACGUCUGGACAGCCCCUUCCCAUUCUUGGGCUCUGGUGCUACCGGCUACUCCAAGCCCCCCGGUCUGCUGGGUCCUUAUGGCCGCACCUUCCCUGAGUACCCCUGGAACUUUAACCCGUAUCUCACAGGCCCCUUCCCCAAGCUGCCCCCCUCCCUCUACCCACCUCACUUCUACCCCAACCCUUUGGGUUCCCUGGGUCAUUUGCCCUCUGCGGGAACAGGGGGAGGCCCCACAGCUGCACCCCUGCUUGCUGCAACAGGGGAGGUCCUGGGCCCUGAACGCCCCUCUGGGCUGGCAGUGGCCCCUCGCCUGGCACUGCCAGGAGCUGGUGGUCCAGAGGCCACACUGGGUGGGAAGGAGGACAGCGACUCUGAGCUGGAGAUCACCGAUGUCAGCGGCUGCAGCUCUGACAGUGAAGGCGAUGAGGGUCUACCAGUGCCACCCAAGACCAAGUCAGGCAAAGGGGGGAACGGCAGCUGAGCAGGUGUAGGGUGAUGGAUUCUGCUGUGGCGACCAGAGCAGUCACCUGAGAAGUCUCUUCUACUUAGUGUGCCCUUCACACCAGCCCAAGACCCAGGCCCAGGCCUUAGCACUGUCUCCUCCUUCCUUGACCCCAGAGUGGAGGUCAUACUUCCUCCAUGAGGGGGGAGGACCGACAUGAUGGCCUCUAGCCUCCUUCCCAGGUUCCAAUUUGAGGGGGGUACCUGCCUGACCCCACUCUCAAAGUGCAAUAUGGCGCCCAGCCUCCCCUCCCCUCCUAUGUGCUGUGACCUGUGUGUUUGUGUGGCAGUGUCUCCAACCCAGUGCCAUUCCCUCUCCUGACAUUCUCCCACACAGGCCCCCCCUGGGGACAGGGAGCUCAGAGCAAUAACCCCGCCCCCAGCCCCCACCCAGGAGGGGCCCCCUCCCUAUUAGCUCCUCUUGAUCCCCCACAGCCACCUCCAGAGUUUACUACAAAAAAUAAAAGAACAAGAGUGUG